ACGUAACGAUUCACUCUACAAUUAGUGCAGCACUUUAUGAUAUUUACUGGGCGCCGUUGUAUCGUUUUAAAUUUUAAGUAUCCAUAACCUAGAAAACUGUAAGUCGAAACUCGAAAAGAAAACUUCUCUUUCUUUUACACAUAAUAUACUGUGUGCCUGGAUAUGUCGAGAUAAUCAUUUACCGUCUAUCCAUCAACGCCGAGGUUCUGAAAAUAUUCUCUCGUACAACGAAACACCAAAUCUGAAACGGUAUUUGCCAACUCAAGUUAAGGGAAUUGCUAGGACAUUCUAUCACCGAGGAUUUGGUUUAGUAGUCAUGGCACAUUUGAAAGAUAUACUGAGUAUAGUGUUGUAAUCCUGAAGGUAUUAAAUAAUUAAUUUUAUCCGAAAGUGAAUUUCUGAUAUCUGAACCUUGGUGUUCUUGCUUAUUGCUUUCAAUAAUCUCAUCAGAAGAGAUUUCAGUUGUUGGUAAAAUUUCCAACAUACCUUCACAUCGUUAUAUGAAUAACUAGAAAGUAUGAAAUGCCACUACGAAGUACUCGGCGUUUCGAGAGAUGCGUCAGACGAUGAUUUGAAAAAAGCGUACAGAAAAUUAGCACUUAAAUGGCACCCUGAUAAGAAUCUCGGCAAUCCUGAAGAUGCUAAAGAGCAAUUUCAAAUCGUUCAACAAGCGUGGGAGGUCUUGAGUGAUCCACAAGAACGAGCUUGGUAUGACAAUCACCGAGAAGCCAUUUUAAAAGGAGGGAUAGGAGAGAAUUACAAAGAUGAUUCAAUUGAUUUGUUCCAAUACUUCACCACCAGCUGUUAUAAGGGCUAUGGCGAUGACGAAAAAGGAUUUUACACAGUUUAUGAAAAAGUUUUCGAACAACUGAUUGCCGAAGAUUCAGAGUUUUGUAAAGAAGAAGAUUCAGACGAUGAAGUACCUGGUUUUGGGAAUUCCACCAGCUCAUAUGACGAUGUUCACAAAUUUUAUGCAUACUGGCAAAGCUAUUCGACUAAGAGGUCAUUUGCUUGGCUAGAUCCGUACGAUAUUCGUGAUACUCCAAAUAGACGAGUUUUACGAUUGGUAGAAAAAGAAAACAAAAAAAUUAGAGAUAAAGCUAAAAAAGAGCGCAACGAACAAGUUAGGAACCUUGUCGCAUUUGUUCGCAAGCGUGACAAACGAGUUCAAGCACAUGCACAAAUGUUGGCGGAAAGAGCUAAAGAAAAUACCAAAAAAGCACAAGAACGGAAAAAGCAACAACUGAUUCGAAGACAACAGGAGAUGAAAAGUUAUACUGAGUCAGAAUGGUCGAAAUUUUCUAAUAUCGAGAAAGAUUUAAAGGUCAUUGAAGCGAAUCUUGCUGCAGAGUUUGGAGAGGAAUUAACUUCAAAUGCAGAUUCUGACGAAGCUGACAAUUUGGAUAAUAACACCCUGUAUUGCGUUGCUUGCAACAAAAUAUUCAAGACCCAGAAGGCAUUUACCAAUCAUGAAAAUUCUAAAAAGCAUAAAGAUAAUGUUUCAACCAUGAAAGCCUCCUUAUUGGCUGAUGAAAAUGAAGACUCUGAAAGCAGUAGUGAAGAGUACGAUUCAGACUCUGAUUCGGAUUCUAAAUUAGGUAGAAACAGAAAUAUUUCUUCACUAAAUCGAAAUUUGAAAGGUGUUAAAUUGGCAACAGGACCAGAAAUGCCGGAUUUCUUGAUGAACCCUAGUGAGAAUACUGAUGUGAAUGUGGAAAGCAACCAGCCAGAUACAUCGGAUGAAGAAAGGGUUUCGGAUAAUGAAUCGAGCUCUACAAGUAAAAAAAAUACAAGUAAGAUUUUGAAAAAACAAAGUGUUAAACUAGCCACAGGCCCAGAAAUGGAAGAUUUUCUUGAUGCAGCAAGUGGAGUAUCUAAAAUACAAGAUGACAGAGAUAUACUGACUCCUGAAUCUGAAUUGAUAUCAGACGAAGAGAGCGAACCUGAUAACCCAAUGUUACAUAUUAUAGAAAAAUCUCGCAAAAGUAAGAAGAAAAAAGGUAAAAAUGUUCAAAAAGUUAUUCUUGAAAAAACAACCGAUGAUGAGCAAGAACUAGAUGCUCAUUUUGGGUUGUCCAAGAAACAGCGAAAGAAACAGAAUCUAAAAAAAGUAAAUCUUGAAAAAGUCUCCAGUGAUGUCAAAGUGAGUGCCCGCAUCGCUGGCGAUGAGAAAUUAGAUGAAGACAAAAAUAAAACUGUCCAAGAAAUGAGUAAGAAUUUUACUAAUGGAAACCAAGUAGAUUCUGACAAUUCUGACUUGAGCUCUGAAGGAGAUUCCAAAUUAUUAACUCAAAAAAUAAAAAAGUCUAGAGGUAAAAAAGCGAAAGAAGCAAAAAAAACUCAGAAGUCAGGCUUUGAUGAGAGCAGAUCCAAGGACAAAAAAGGAAAAAAGAGAGGAGGGUCUCGUAGAGAAGACGUUCAGGAUUUAGAUCACUGUUGUGCUGUAUGCAAAACAGAAUUUCCAACCAAGAAUAAAUUAUUUGAUCAUUUGAAGAAGACUGGUCAUUCUGUGUAUAUCAAGCCUGUGAAGAGUGGAAAACCGUUGAGUGAAGACAGCAAUUGAAACUGAGGGGAAAAUUAGUAAUACAAUUCGUUAAUGGGAUAUUAAUAUCUUAGUCAAUUAAAUUUUCAAAAAUUCUCAGUAUAAUUUCUCUUUCAGUAUACAACAAGCAUCGAUAAAUCGAAAAUCAAGACAGAUAAAAAUUGUAAUAUUUAUUUCUUUAUUAUACGUGGUUAUUUUGGAUAUUGAUAAAAUUAUAUUAUUAUUUAUUCACUAAUUCAUGCCUAGUUGUCAAUACUGUCAUAGUUCAGUCGUGAUAUAGAGUAGACAAUUAUCACAGGGAGGUAUUGACAAACCAGUCAUUCACAGAAUCGUAAGUUGAAUCGCUUUUCAAAUGUUUAAUGUUCCACUAUCAGAAAUUUCUGCUAGUAAAAAUAGAGAUUAUAGAUAUAUAAAUAGAGAAUCUUUACAAGUUAACAAAUCAAAAUGCUGAUAGCUUUAAGUCUUAUUGAUGGAUCCUCCCUCAUGUGAUGAGUGACGACCAACAAAUCAGAUUCAUAUGUGUAUGUAUCAUGGUUUACAAAGAAUUACUUAUUAAUGUAAACUAUGACUGACAUAUAAGUUCAUUAGUUGAAGCUCAAAAAGUUUGUUUUUCUUGUAUUGGUAGAGUGAGUUGAAAAUUGACAGCAUAAGUCUAUCAACAAUAAAGACGAUGUGAAUUAAAA